CCAGGCAGUAACGCGUCUAAUCAGACCUCGCUUUCCAUUGCAGAUCAGCUCCAUCUCUCUCAAGAAGCCAUCCACCGUCUCCGCCCCUUCUCUCAGGCCCCCCUAGUCUCGUUUUCGCAAAGUACCAGUCAAGAUGAAGUUCAGCACCACCGCCCUCAUCGCCGGCCUUGCCCUCAGCGGCGCCGAGGCCAAACUCCACAACGCUGGCGCCUGCGUGCGCAACCGCCAGACCAUGCCCAUCGGCGGCACUGGCUGGAGUGUCAGCUACAGCUGGUCCAAGAAGUACGAGAUUAUGCCCGAUGCGACCAGGUGCGCCUGCGACUACUACAGGAGGCGCAACACCGGCAACAAGCAAUGGGACCAGUGCCCCGACUGCAAGAUGGAGGGAGACGUUUGCGUGUCUGCAGGCUGGCACAUUGGUGGUGACGAACUCAACCACUACUGCACCAAGUACUGCGGUGCCCCCCAGUCUGAGGGCAGCAACUCCUAGAGCACACUGAUGCGGAAGGCGUUUGUAUGCACAUGAAUCGUGGGGGAAUUAGUUGUUAAUAGCCAGUAUUCUGUACAUAAAUGAAAACCAUUGAAUUC